CAAGGGGUGUCCGAGAUUCAGACUUUAUCUUUAGUCACAGCUUGGUGCUUUUGCACAAGCGCAACCUCGCCAGACGCCAACUCUUGAAACAACCAAAGACGUCUUCGUUCGGUAUUUGUCACAGGCGGAUUAGAGCGCAUUAUUCGGUUUAGCAACAUGUCUCGUUUCCCUUUGUGGAAAAGAAGGCUGCGGACGUGGAGUAAUGUUGUUCUUCAAACGUGUUAAAGGACGGGGAGGCUGCCCAGAACUGCGUGGGGGUUUGGAUGAAGGCUGUCACGUGUCCUUGGGCUCGGGUGGAAAUGCAACCCCAGCAGAGGAGGAAAAAGCCGCAGUUCUUCUAACUUCAACCGGGACGAAGGGAUACCUGCCACAGCGAAUUGGAUUUACAGGAGGUAAACCCGAGGAAUAACUUUUCUUUUUUUUUAAAAAAAAAAAAGCGAUUUUCCAUCAUUUGACAAACCCUGACGGUUUAUCCAAAGGGGAAGCGUGCUUUUCAUUUCAAAAUAAAACGCUUCAAACAAUGCACAGAAAGCGCAAACCAUCAAAACCGUUGUUGAAGAAGAGGAUGUAGCAGAAACAGAUGGACACUUUCCCUCCGAGUUUUUCUAUCGACGGGUUUCGAAGACAAAAAGACUUUCAACAGCGCAGAGGCUCCCUUUAAUGAAAUUCGAAGGACCUGAUAGUUGAGAAACCGCCGCUUUCCGGUGUUUUGAAAGGAGGACCGACAAGUCCAGCAUUUCACAGCUCUUUUGGAGUGGGGGAAAAAAAGAACUGCGCGUAAAGAUGCGUUACCGACAGGUCGCUCCUGUUGUAACCUUGCUGGUGGUUGCCCUGUGUGCGCGCCGCGGACUCGCUUUCUCCGUCGCCGGACAGGUGAACACCUGCGAGGCGAACGGCAGCGUGUAUUACGUGGGCGAGUGGUACUUUCUGGAUUCGGACCCGUGUACCCAGUGCGAGUGCACGGUGGAGGGGUCGGCCUGCGCCAGGACGGAGUGCGCCUCUCUGCCCGCUGCCUGCAUUCACGUCAGCCACUACCCGACCGACUGCUGCCCCAGGUGCGAGAAGAUCGGCUGCGAGUACAGGGGAGAGGUCUACGAGCUUGGAGAGCACUUUCAGCCCUCUGAGUGUGAACAGUGCACCUGUGACUCUGAUGGCAUUGCCCGGUGCCUGGUGGCAGAUUGUGCCCCCCCACCCUGCGUCAACCCAGUCUACCAGAAAGGCCCAAACUGCUAUGCCGACUCUUCCCAGACACGCGUGAUCCGAGGUGGGGAGGCAGUGUGGAUCGACUCUUGCACUACGUGUCGGUGCCACGACGGGCACGACGCCGGGUACUGGGAGGGUAACCGGGUGGCCAGGUGUGUGCACCUGAGGAACUGUACCCUAGAUGCUGAAAACAGCCACAUCUGAGAUGGCAGACCUGCUUAACAGGAGUGGGCAUCACUCUUCAAAAAGAACUGAAACGGUUGUAGAUUCCUCCUUUACUUCUGUUCCCGUUCGCAAUUUCCUUUUUAAAAGAGAAAACCCCCUAAAAGCUUCAUAACCAAAGUGGAUCUUGUGUAGUGAGUUCCAGUUAUCCUCUUUUGAAAUCUGCUUCCUUCAGAAAAGACCAAGUGGCUUCUUUUAUAGCAUUAAUGCGUCUUUUUUUCCCCAUCAUGUACUCUCUUCCAAAAUUAAUCUAAAGGACCAAAGUAUUAAAACAAUAAUAGGCUGCCUGGCUGACUUUCAUCAGUGGAGAUUCAUUGUCAGUUUCUACAUUUCACUUCAUGCAGGAGCAGUCAUCAAGCAAUGUUAAUGUUUAUGGACAAAACACAAUGCCUAUAUUGGAUGGAAUUAUUCAUGUCUGUUUUCAUACUAAGAAGUAACGCCACCAUUACUGAAGCUGCCAUCGUUAAAAGCUGAUGCAUAGUGAUCUUAGGAAGAAAAAUGAAAGUUUUUUUCUAUUUUAUUAGAUCAGAUUGGAUUUCUUGGAAGUGAAAUGCUUGUGUAUGUCCAUGCAGGCAUGGGUUCCUCUGUAAAUGAGCUGUCAGCAUCACGUGAUUUCCCUUACUGGCUUUCAAAGCACUCAGAUAGACAUGGGCACUAAUCUUUAAACAUACUUGUGUCCAGUACAGUGCCUUUCAAAUUGGGGUUUUAAUAGUAAUAAUAAAAUCUCAUCCCUGCUUUGAGGUACACUACAAUGGCACAGACCAAUCUACAGUAAUUGCAUAAAAUAUUUACCCAUGAAACAUCAAGGCAAUAAACAAAUAGUACUUGUUACAUAUAAGUACCUAUUGAAUAUAGGCUGACUGAAAUAUUAUUUACUACUGACAUACAAAUGCGAGUUCAAUGAUACAGAAAAGGUAUAAUUUCUUCACAAUCAUGAAUACACAGCCAAACAAAGAGUAGAAUAAAAAAGUCCUAUUAAACAGCUGACUGAAGCUCUGUUAGUUUCUUAAUGAUCCAGGCGAUGUCUUCUGUGAAAAGCAAUCCAUUACUUUGUGAAUAUUAUUUUAGAGUAUGAGUGCAUUGCUUUAUUCAGUAAAGAUGUAAACUACAAUAUAUAUUCUUGUUUAACAAAUGCUGUCCUGUUUGGAAAUUAUACUGUCUGCAUACAUUGUGUAAUAGACUCUUGUUUUUUUUAUUAACUAUGCUUGAAAUGUCUUUUGUCAUUGUUUAAUAGCUUUCCAUGCCCACUGUUUUAUGCUCAAUGUAAAAAGAAUAUUCUUCCAUUAUAGUUCUACUCCUUAGCUUCAAAAUUGAGGAGAAAGAAAGCACUCUACAAAGUGAUUAAAAGAACCCCCUCCAGUUAAAGAAUGAAUUGUAACUGCAUAUACAUUAGAAAAAUAUUCGAAAAUCUAAUAAAAGGAAAAGAAUAUUGUAACAGUA